AUGAAAAUCUACUCCAUACUCAUACUAAACAAAGCCGGCGGCCUAAUAUAUCAGAAUGAAAUCAGCCCGGGACUUUCAAAGCUUACCGCUAAUGACUACCUUGUGCUAGCUGGAACACUCCAUGGAGUGCAUGCAAUUGGCUCGAAAUUGACUUCAACAAUCGCCAACCCGAAUUCUACAACACCAUACAAGUCAAGCACCGAGGAGUUCAACAUGCAGCAUAACGCAGCAAUAUUGGCCAAUGGCAAGCAACUUGGAUCAGAUAGUAACCGGCUGGGAUUAAAGAGUCUAGAAACUGAUCUUUUCAAUUUGUACAUUUUCCAAACCGUGAGCGGGUUGAAAUUCAUCUUGAUCACAACGUCUAAUUUGGAUGAUUUCCAGGUGAAGCUGACGAAUGAGCUUUUCAAUCUUUUAUAUGUGGCUUACACUGACUAUGUUAUGAAGAACCCGUUUUAUUCCUUGGAUAUGCCAAUAAAAUGCUCGCUUUUCGACGUCAGGGUUAAAGAGUUGUUGAAGUCGUGA